GCUUGGUACAGAGAGUGGCGAGAGGUCUUGCUGGCAACGGGCUGAAGUGGUGCUUUGCAUGUGAGUGUCAGAGGGAAAAAGGCUGCUGAAACAGGAGCUGCUGAACGCUUGGAGGUCGGCCACGGUCACCUGCACAGAUUCUGACAUCCAGGAGUCAGAGCGAGAUCUCAAGGAAGAGGAGAUUAAGAAGGAGAAGAAGAAGAAGUCAGGACUGAGAGGGAGCAGGAUCCUGGUGCCGAGGCUGAGAAGAAGGCUGUCCGGCUGUCUGGGUGUGAGUGAACGCCCUCUAGUGGAGCUGCUGACCAGCUGUCCUGCAGAGCGUCUGUCUGUUUCCAACCAUCAGUGUUUUCAAGAGGUCUGUGGUCCAGCGUUGAGCAGAGAACAUGUGGUGUUUGGAGCUGCUCUUACCACUGCUGUUGUUCGUCAAAGAUGCCAGUUGCCAGUGGAACGUUUGGGUGCCUCGGGACAUCUCAGCCAUGACAAAUUCCUGCGUGGUCAUCCCGUGCACCUUCAUGUAUCCGUUGGGUAUCAGGCCGUACCGUGGCACUCACGGUAUCUGGUACUUUGGCCAGCCCUACCCUCAACUCUUCCCUCCUGUUGUCUUCAAAUCACGAACGGACGUCGUGCACGAGAGCUACAAAGGCCGCACGAAGCUGCUGGGCGACCUGCACCAGAGGAACUGCACUCUGCUCAUCAACAACAUCGGCACAGAGCACUCAGGGAGGUACUACUUUCGCGCCGACCUCGGUGGAGCCAACAUGUAUACGUUUCCAGACUUCUCUGAACUCAAAGUUCUUGAUCAACCAAACAUUGACGUCCCAGAGGAGAUUGUCAGCGACGAGAGUCUGGAGCUGACAUGUUACGCUCCUGACAACUGCCCUGACAUGACACCUGAGAUCCAGUGGAUGUACACCGACUACCUGCCGGACCCGGAGUUCAGCUCUGACUACCUGGAGGAGAGCAACACAGCUGUGCUCUCUGGCACCCUCACCUUCACGCCAAGGCCCAUGCACAAUGGUCAGCUGCUGGGCUGCAGGGUCUACUACCCCAACACUACACUGGUCUACGAGAGGCUCAUCACUCUAGACAUCAAGUAUGCUCCACGCUCUGUUUGGGUUAACGUGUCCUCAGAGGUGAUGGAGGGCAGCUCUGUGAUGCUGCACUGUGAGGUGGACAGUAACCCUCCUCCCAGGAUCUCCUGGAUGUUUGGAGACCAGGAGCUUCUGUGGGACACGGCAUCCAACAUCUCUCUCUCCCUGGAUGAUCUGACGCCUGCACAGGAAGGAAUAUACACCUGCAUUGGAGACAAUGGCUACGGCAUCAUGAACACUUCACUGUACCUUUCUGUCAAGUACCCUCCACGCGAGCCUCAGGUAAAUGAAUCCAUCACUGUACAAGAGGGAACCUCACUGGCCCUGCACUGUAGCACCCAGGGCAACCCAGCCCCCACCCUCACCUGGCUGAAAGAUGGAGAGCUGGUUGGCACCAUUACUGCUGACGAGCUGUCAGUUUUGGAGCUUGUGGAAAUCACACCCCAGGGAGAUGGACAGUACCGUUGCCUGGCAGAGAACGAGCAUGGAAGAGCAAGCAGCUCCAUGAACAUCACUGUAGAGUAUGCCCCGAUCCUUCUGGAGGAGUCAAAGUGCACAGUCGUCAGGGAGGGUGUCCAGUGUGUCUGUAUGGCCACAGGAAACCCUGAACCGACCAUUGAGUUCUACCUGCCCGACCUCAACAUCACAAUCAAUGAAACAGAUGGCCGGUACAACUUCUAUACACAUACAGAUGGACACACAUCCACUGGUAUGAUCAAGCUACGAGAGAAGGGUGAGCGGAUGGACAACGGCGGCCCUGCCGUCAAUGUCCACUGCAGCAUCUUCAACAUGUACGGAAGAGAGAGUGUUCUUCUGGAGCUACAGCAGGAGAAAAAGUACAUGAUGGCAGUUAUUGUUGGCACAAUUGGAGGAGUGGCAGUCAUAGCCUUCAUCAUUGCAGCAGUGAGAUAUGUUGGCCACAACAACAAGAAAGAGAAUGGCAACCCUAGGCAGGACGUGGUCCUGGAGAACCCAGCUUUGUACUACAGCGCAGUCAAGAAGGACAAACAAAAUCUGAGGAAGAAAGUGCUUAAGACAGAGCUGUUGGGUUCAAAGUUUAACUCCAUUCUAGAGGAGACUACGGGAGAAGACGGGGAUUAUCAACCUGUGGGCUCUUUGGCGGGACUGGAGAGGCAAGAGCUGAAUUAUGCUGCUCUGGAGUUUAUUGGGGCCAGGCCCAGGGAGGGGGCCUCAGGGAGGGGGGAUGACGGCAGCAACUAUACGGAAAUCAAAGCCAAAUGAAUCGCGAUCCUUCCCUGAUCCCUCGGCUAUGCGAGACGCAGUGGCAGCCCCAACACAUCCUCUGCCCCAUAAACUGUUUAAUAACCCACCAUCCACUACUGUAUUUCCCCUGCAUAUGACGACUCCUCAUUUCUCAUUUCUUUAGAUUUGUCACGUAUAUUUUACCAUGCCAGCAACCCCUCUCAUGCCGCCCCCCUCCAUGGGACACCCUAUCACAUGCCAUCAUUUGGAAAAAAACAAACUUUUUUUGGUCUGUGAAUGACCCACUGGACAAUAUAAAAAGAAAUGUUUAGCCUCAGUUGUCAUUCAUGAGCUCUUAAACAUCCAGUGUUAACCAGCAGCCAUGUUUUUGUUGCUUUCUCCAUGUUUUUAAUUGUGAUGGUUGAUGUAAUUGUCAAAUAGCUGAUGUCUAAGUUCUCAUAUCAGUUUCAGUAUUUGCUCUACAUCUGUCUGUUCUAACUGUCACUGUGUCUGCUGCCAGUCGAUGCAUCAGGGCAAGGAGUAACUGUGCUUUUGUUGUGUUAUAUUUAUGUUUGUCUAUCCACUGAGAGCAAACCUCUCUCUUUUUUGGUUAAUUCCAUCCGGGAAAGUUAACCGACUGAGGCAAACGAUGGCGACCAUCUCAGCAUCUUGUUCCCACAUAAUUAUGUUUAGUGUGUGCUGUGACUCAGUAGCCUCUCAUAAAAAAUGAGAAAAAAAAAAGUCAACAUCACUUUUUAUAAUUGAAGAGGUUUUGUAAAUUUCUUUGGCACACUGCCCAGUUCUCAAAAAACGUUACAGCUUCUUUCCAGCCUUUUCCACUGAGCUGCAGAAUGUGUUGAGAUUUGGGGGGGAAUUAUUCUGCACUUUGGCCGAAUGCAAAAUGUCUGUCUCGUUUUCUCUUCCUAAAAGUGUGGGGUC